GCGAGAUGGUUGUUUUGGCAUCAGCUAGUGUAGUCAUUUGUCAAAAGGUAAAGCAAAACUUUUAGUUAUCCUGUUUUGGCCGUGGGAUUAAGGACACACUUCGAGGCUAUGUUAACUCUUAUUUACCCGAGCAGAUGAAAUGAACUGUUUUGCUCGUCAAAAACUGACAUUUGGUUAAUUUGGUGAAGUACGGUAGCUGGCCGUGCGCUAGCCUGUCGGCUAACUGAAAGCUUGUCACUCUGUCAACAAGUUUCGUUCACCAUGGACAGCACGGCGUUGGAGCUCGAUGCUGUCAAGUUUGCCAAAACGGCUGUGACAUAUGACCAGAAUGGCAAAUAUAACGAGGCUGUAUUUUAUUAUAAGGAGGCAGCCCAGGCCCUAAUAUAUGCUGGCAUGGCAGGGUCUAAGCUGGAGGGAAUCCAGGAUAAAGUGAAUGAGUACUUGGAUCGUGUCCAAGCCCUUCACAAUGCUGUCCAGGCACAGAAAAGUGACCCGCUGAAAUCCCGCCACCAGUUGGAUCUAGAGCGUGCCCACUUCCUUGUCACCCAGGCCUUUGAGGAAGACGAGAAGGGGAAUGGCGAUGAAGCUAUUGAAUUGUACACUCAGGCUGUGGAACUGUGCAUUAAGACGUCCAAUGAAACAUCAGACCAAGCGUUGCAGACCAAGCUAAAGCAAUUAGCACGUCAGGCGUUGGACAGGGCGGAAGGUCUUAAACAAUCUCAGUCCAAAUCUGCUCAAGCCCAGACUCAGGACAGGACGGGACCUCCUGCAACCAAGCCCAAUAAUUGUGCCAGUUCUGGAGGACCGGUCCGACAGUUUUUCCCUCUUGGACCAGACUUCUCUCUCCAUGACAGACCACAACCACAACCUAUUCGGGCUGUCCAGUCCAGUGAGCCUCAAGGUCAGCGCUACACAUCUGAGGAGAUCGAGGUGCUCAGGAGUACAUCUACAAUCAAUGGCAUAGCCUAUGUGCCCUUCAUGAGUGUGGACCUGAAGGAGCGAUUUGCCUUUCCUGUCCCUUUCUCGGACAAAAUGGGGAAACUGGCCUUGUCACCCAAACAGAAAGCCAUCUUCUCCCGCUGGGUCCGUCCAGACGAGAUCUGCAAUAACCCCACCAUGAUCAUGUCUGUGUCCAGCUUCAGCAUCAAACAGACGGUGGUAUCUGACUGUUCGUUUGUGGCAUCACUAGCCAUAAGUGCUGCCUAUGAGAGGCGCUACAACAAAAAACUCAUCACCAGCAUAAUCUACCCUCAGAACAGACGAGGUGAACCAGAGUAUAACCCCUGUGGGAAGUACAUGGUCAAGCUUCACAUCAACGGAGUUCCCAGGAAGGUGAUUAUAGACGACUACCUCCCAGUGGAUCGUAAUGGAGAGCUGCUGUGCUCCUACUCCAGCAACAGGAACGAGCUCUGGGUCUCCUUGAUCGAGAAGGCCUACAUGAAGGUGAUGGGUGGCUACGACUUCCCUGGCUCCAACUCGAAUAUUGAUCUGCAUGCACUCACUGGCUGGAUCCCUGAACGCAUCGCCAUGCACUCUGACAAUCAGUCAUUCAGCAAAGAUGACACCUUCCGUAUGCUCUUCCAGAGGUUCCAUAGAGGCGAUGUACUUAUCACCACGGCAACAGGGGUGAUGACAGAGGAAGAAGGGGAGAGAUGGGGUUUGGUGCCAACACACGCCUACGCUGUUCUUGACAUCAGGGAUUACAAGGGAAUGCGUUUCCUGCAGCUGAAGAAUCCGUGGAGCCAUCUGCGGUGGAAGGGGCGCUACAGCGAACGGGAUGAGAAGAACUGGACACCUGAGCUCCUCAAAUACCUCAACUUUGACCCCAAGACUGCACAGAAGUUUGACAACGGUGUUUUCUGGAUUGCAUGGGAGGACCUUUGUCAGUACUACGAUGUCAUCUACCUGAGCUGGAACCCUGCACUCUUCAAAGACUCUUCCUGCAUUCACAGUAGCUGGGAUGGGAAGCAGGGUCCAGUGAAGGAUGUCUACAGUCUUGCCAACAAUCCCCAGUACAAGCUGGAGGUCCAGUGUCCAACAGGGGGAGCUGCAGUGUGGGUGCUGCUCACCAGGCACAUCACUGAUAAGGAUGAUUUUGCACAAAACAGAGAGUUCAUCACGUUGGUUGUUUACAAGACAGAUGGCAAGAAGGUUUACUAUCCAGCGGACCCCCCUCCUUACAUUGAUGGCAUCCGCAUCAACAGCCCACACUAUCUGACCAAGAUGAGGCUGACCAGCGCGGGAACGCACACCUUCACCCUGGUGGUUUCCCAGUACGAGAAACAGAACACCAUCAAGUACACGCUGCGGGUGUACUCUGGAUGCAAAUUCACCUUCUCCAAGAUCCCAAAUCCCUUCACUCACACAAAAAGGUUGAAUGGCCAGUGGAAGGGGAUCAGCGCCGGAGGCUGUGGGAACUACAAGGAUUCAUACAAAAACAACCCCAUCUAUCAGAUAAACUUGGAGCGGUCCGGGCCGCUGCUCAUCGAGCUGCGAGGAUCCAGGCAGUACAGUGUUGGUUUUGAGAUGGUGACGGUGUCAACAGUGGGUGAUCCGGGCUCAGCUGCCUUCCAGAAGAAGAGCAGUGGAGAUUACAGAUGUGGUUUCUGCUACAUGGAGGCGGACCAUGUCCCGGCAGGCAUCUAUAACGUCAUCCCCACCACCUUCCUACCCAAACAGGAGGGACCCUUCUUCCUGGACUUUGCCAGCACUUCACCUCUCAAGGUCUCCCAGCUCCAGUGAAGAUGGAGCUGGAGAACAUUCAGGGUGGGGAUUUGGAGGAAGGUACUUAACGACGUCAAGGGACGCUUGAUUUAAAAACAGGAUGUGAUGUGGUGUCAGAGUUUCCUUAAAGCCCCAAUAGCCUAGAAUAUGACUGCUGCUAGCCUUUCCUCCUCUUCUCUCACUGAAACUUUCCUAACAUUAAUGGUCACAUUGGGCCCUUGAAGUUUAACAUUGGUUGGAUGAUACAAUGUAAGAAAUAUAUCAUUAAUAAGGAAUGUUCACAGGGUGAAACCCAUAACCGUCGACUCGUUUUGGGACAGAAUGAUAUACACCAAAAAUGAAACAGCCAUUACAGUACUGACAAAGUAAUGGUGAUGUAAGCGGUACCUCCUUUUGCCAUAAUAUGGCAGACACUGUUCCUCUAUCAGACUAAUUAGGCUUUUCAUCAAUUAAACGGUUUUUAGUCUGUCUGCCAAAUCUGAGGGGUUUCUUGAGAAGAUAGUGAUCAUACGACAACAUCCUGGAAUCCACAGGAGAUGUUGCAGGGUUUAAAUGAGCUGCAAAUUUUGUGCCAGGGUUGUUUGGAAGCAGCUGAGUCAUCUUCUCCCCCUCCUCCUCCUUGAAGUCUGCUACUUCCUCCUCCUCUGCUUCCUCCUUCUAUUUCUUAUCUUCUUUUGUUUAUUCUUCUCCUUCCUCCUGCUCUUGUUGUUGUUGAUCUCUGCCUCCUUCUUCUCAUCCUCCUUGUUUUUCUUCUUCUCCAUAUUCUUCUCCUUUGUUGAGACCGGUUUUGUAACAAUGAGCAACUCAACAAUAUAGAAUUACCUCCCCAUCGUUUUGGGGUCACAUAUGGAUUAAAUGUUAAGGUGUCCAUAGACCUUUGGUGAAUCUAAGUUGAGAUGAUUUUUUUAUAUAAUUCACCCACAUUAUUUUGUUAUUAUAUGUCAGUCCAAACAUCUUAGUGGUGGAUAGCAGGCUAUUACAAGCUUUAAAUUCAUUAAAAUUAGUUAAAUUAAACAUUUAUUGUUGGUUCCACCAUAAUUCUCACAUAAGUACGAAUUUGUUGAUAGUGUGUGAUGUCUGAGUUGCUCAUUAUUGCAAAACAGCUUGAAUAAGAAGAAGUUCCUUGAUGCCGACAGCCAAAUAAGUAACAGCUGAUCUGAAAAUAUUCUCUCAGACCUGAUGGGAUUUGGUGACGUCUUGUCAUUCAGUUUGACUUCUAUGAGUUUAUUGGGCUGCCAAACAAUAGCCAAGGCCGGGACAUUUUGUUUCGGUGAAUGGCGGUGAAGGUUUUGUUAUUCUCAGGAGCAGUGCAGCAGAGCAGCACCACAGGGAUCCAGUAUGGCAGCAGUUGAAUGAUGUCUCUUCAUGUUGUCUGCAGAUGUGAUGGCUGAUUGACAAACAUCAGCCUGAUUGUUACUGACAGGCCUCACGUCAGCGCUGCAUGAGACGGGUAUCGCACACUGCAUGUGUUAUACCCGUCUGUGUGUGUGUGUGUGUGUAAAUGUUUGAAUGUCGCUAUCAACUUUUUACAGGUAAAAUUUGAAAUGUAUCGCCAAGUACUCGUAUUCUACUUUACUUUUUUGUAAAUUUACUGCACUUUUUUGAAAUAAUUUCUCAACAUGUUUACUGUCAUACACAAUAUUUGGAACUGAAAAUCUCUGUUUGAUUCAUUAGUGGAAGCAGCAGCUCAUGUAAAGUCACCUCAUUUCCUCAGUGUGUGGAAGCUUUGUUUUGGGUGAGCCCACCUAUCGUCAUUGUCUUCUGCACAAAUGUCACUCCUACAUUGUGUGCCGUUUAUCUCUGCACAGCUGCAGAUCACCUGGGGACAAUGUGUGUUUUUCAACUUCGGAGGUAAUGAUUUGUGUGAGAUUAAAAUGCAGGCGUUGUUCACUGAGAAGUUACAUUGUCUUGAAGUUGACGGAUCAUGUCACACUCAUUUACUAUGCUUUAUGUGCAAACAUUUGUGUCUGAAACACAUUUCUUACUUAGUUAAAUCACCAAUUCAAAUACGAUAUCAGUGUGACUACAUUCACAAUAUUUCAUCUAUGCCCCAAAACUACAAUCAGAAUAGGACUUUUUUGACAUUUGAACUCAUUCUGUGGAGCAUGAAUCUGGUCUAAACAUCAUACGAGGACUAAGUUGUUUUUGUUCCCUCAUUUUUACUGACCAAUGCGGAAUUCGUUCAAUAGAAGAAUCUAUUGUUUCAAACUCAACUUGUAUUUCUACCUCCAAAGUUUCAUCAAGUCACGUGAUGUUUACAUCAUAAUAUCAAAAGAACAAUAUGUAUAUAUUUUUUUCCCAAAUAGAGAAAAAGUACUUUGGCAAAUUCAAAGUGAGGCAAUUGACUUGGCCAAUGCUUUUCAGCCACACAUGCCCACAUGUAGGGUUAAUAGUAAACGAGUGUGUCUGACUACACAGUUGUAUCAGUGUUGAAGCUGCACGCUGCAGGACUAAGUCUGUCUUCUCUGACCUUGAUGCACACAACUGUAAGUUGCUGCAAGCCCCUUCCUCAUUCAGUGCCGUGUAAACAUCUGUCACUAAUUAUUUGUAAAAUUUAAUUCAACUAACUGUUCAACAAAAUGGAACAAAAAUUUGAAAAAUUAGUUAUGAAAUUAAAUAUAAAGAACGUCAUUAUCUGGAACCAGAUGUGUAUUUUUGGCAUGUUUGCUGAACUCAGUGGGACUCUGACCUGAAUGUAGACAUAAGACAGACAAAUGUCUUAAUAUAGUACUCAAACAUGUGUAAUGAUACAUUAUGUUAACAGCAAAUUUUGGCUUUUCUGUACAAUCAGUUUAUUUUGAAGAUAUGAAGUGACUGGCUAUAACCUGAAAAUGUUGUCCAUGUACCAUUAUUCCAUCUAAAUGCAGGCUGACUGUAAAUGAACUGUAGGGUUGUUAAGAUUGAAAUGUAUUGAGAGUGGAAUAUAGCUUUAACUAUCCCUUGCCAAGCACUUCUGUUCUCCUGUCAAUUAAUAAUAAUUUAUUAUUGUUUUGAAUUCUGUCUGUUACUGUGUUCUGUUAUGUCUUUUUAAACUGUCAACUAGCCAACUCAUUUAAAGAUGCAGCUGGACAAUCUUGCAGCAACCUGUUCGUAUGAAUGAUGAUGUAAUGGUUGCAGAAUUUGCACUAAAUGUUGGGUAAAAUGAUGUGUCGGAAAUUUGAAUACAGCAAAUUAUAUCUG